UGAGAAAGGAAAGGGAAAGUCGAGAGAGAAUCGAAUGAAGAAUUUCCUCUUUUUGUAGGAGAAAUGGUUAUCCAUCAAAGCGGGAGAUAGAAAGAUAUUUUUUUUCUUCUCUGUUUCUUUUUCUCCCUCCUCAGGGCUCCUCCAUUUCCUGAUCUCUCGUUCUUUCCAUUUUCUCUGCGACAAGGAAUCAGCAGAUUUUGUGGCGAGUUGAUUGGUUUCUGCAGCAAAUUUUUUAUAUCGUAUUUUGAGGAAAUGGGGUACAUCGGUGCACAUGGGGUUGCAACGUUGCACAGAUACAAGUACAGUGGUGUUGAUCACUCUUAUGUUGCUAAAUAUAUACUGCAACCCUUUUGGAGUCGCUUUGUUAAUUUCUUUCCACUAUGGAUGCCUAAGCUUUCUUUCUGAUGAUAUGCUGACUUAUCAUUCCUCUGUUCUCAUUUCACAUGCGUUCCUGGAUGAUUUCAUCAGUCCGAACAUGAUAACACUUGUGGGAUUUAUGUUCUUGAUCACAUCAGCAGUUCUUGGUUAUAUAUAUUCUCCUCAGUUAGAUUCACCUCCCCCUAGGUGGGUUCAUUUUGCACAUGGAUUGCUUCUUUUUCUUUAUCAGACUUUUGAUGCUGUUGAUGGGAAGCAAGCACGGAGGACAAAUUCCUCGAGUCCAUUGGGAGAACUUUUUGACCACGGAUGUGAUGCACUGGCAUGUGCGUUUGAAUCCUUAGCAUUUGGGAGCACCGCCAUGUGUGGAAGAUCUUCUUUCUGGUUCUGGGUUCUUUCUGCUGUUCCCUUCUAUGGUGCAACAUGGGAACACUUCUUCACCAAUACUCUAAUUCUUCCUGUUGUAAAUGGACCUACUGAGGGUCUCAUGCUGAUUUAUUUAUGUCACUUUUUCACCACCUUUGUUGGUGCUGGGUGGUGGGCUCAGCCGUUUGGGAAGUCCAUACCAAUUUUUAGUUGGGUUCCAUUUCUCCAUGCUAUUCCUACAUUCAGAGCUGCACUGAUUUUAUUGGCUGCUUUCGGUGUCAUUCCAACAGUUGCAUUCAAUGUGUACAAUGUUUACAAGGUUGUUCAAGCUAGAAAAGGAAACAUGCUAUUAGCAUUAGCGAUGCUUUACCCAUUUGUCGUACUUGUCGGAGGAGUCUUGGCAUGGGAUUAUUUGUCACCUUCUGAUAUUAUUGGAAGCUAUCCGCAUCUGGUUAUAACUGGAACUGGACUUGCUUUUGGAUUCUUAGUGGGGAGAAUGAUUCUUGCUCACCUUUGUGAUGAACCCAAGGGCUUGAAAACUGGAAUGUGCAUGUCGCUAUUAUUUCUUCCUCUUGCCAUUGCGAAUGCUCUCACAGCUAGGCUUAACGACGGGGAACCUUUGGUUGAUGAAAGUUUGGUUGUUCUUGGUUACUGUAUUUUUAAUGUUGCUCUGUAUUUGCACUUCGCAACUUCAGUCAUUCAUGAGAUCACCACUGCCUUGGGAAUCUAUUGCUUCAGGAUAACGAGGAAAGAGGCUUAAAGUUGGCUGCAGUUUUCUUUAGGCCAACUGGAAUUCGAAUGAUGCAGCUGCAAGUAUACAUAUAUAUUCUGGGUCUGAAGAGAAACAACAAUUCUGCAUUACUGAUAUCAUUUUUGGAUGAAAUUGGGCAUAGUUUGAUCCUGUAAUUGCUAUCCAAUUCAUCCCAUUGCUCUGUUAGAUUGUUUAUCGUAUCGUUUAUAGGGUUAUUUUAGGUGAACUGACAUGUUUUGAAUUUUAAUUCUUGAGAGAACUUAUAAUAAUGUUGUAUUUGACUUUUAUUUUGU